ACUGAAUGCUGUAUUUGAAGUAGACACAGAUCUGCAGAAGGAUGUCCAGUUGAAAAUUACAGCAGAAAUGGCCUGGCCUUCCAUACUAAGUUCACCACGCCAUCUAAGCUUCCCUCUUACCAAUACAAACAGUUCAUCAGAAGAAGAAAUUUUUCUAGAAAAUCCAGCUGAUGUUCCUGUGUAUGUUCAAUUCCUUCCUGUAGCUCUCUAUUCUAACCCAUCCACCUUCGUUGAUAAGAUGUUACAACGGUUUAAUUUGAGUAAGCCAACUAAUUUCAAUCUGAGGACUCUAGAGUUCCAGGUCUUCCGAAAUUGUGUCCAGCCACUACAGAGCACUGUAGGACUUACAAAGGGCCUGACUCGUCAUUCAGUUUUAAGCCUAAUAUUGAAACCUGGAGAGAGGAAGUCUGUCAAAGUAAAGUUCACUCCAGUUCUUAAUAAAACUGUUUCAUCGUUAAUUGUUAUCAGAAAUAAUUUGACUGUAAUAGAUGCCAUAGUGGUACAAGGACAAGGAACAACUGAGAGCUUGAAGGUUGCAGGCAAACCUCCUGGUCCAGGAAGUUCUUUACGCUUUAAAAUCACAGAAGCAUUAUUAAAAGACUGUUCAGAAAAAAUGAAAUACAAAGAACCAAAUUUCACACUGAGAAGAACAUUUAAAGUGGAAAAUACAGGGCAGCUGCAGAUUAAUGUGAAAGCUAUGGAAAUCAGUGGCUAUACAUGUGAAGGAUAUGGAUUUAAAGUAGUUAACUGUCAUGAGUUUGCACUAAGUGCCAAUGCCUCUAAAGACAUUGUCAUAUUGUUUACACCUGAUUUCACUGCUUCCAGAGUCAUACGUGAAUUAAAAUUCAUCACUGCAGGAGGCUCUGAAUUCGUAUUUAUCUUGAAUGCAUCCCUUCCAUAUCACAUGUUAGCAACAUGUGCAGAAGCACUACCCAGGCCCAACUGGGAACUGGCACUGUACAUAAUCAUCUCAGGAAUAAUGAGUGUACUCUUUCUCUUGGUAAUUGGAACAGCUUACCUAGAAGCUCAAGGAAUCUGGGAGCCAUUUAGGAGACGCUUGUCCUUUGAGGCCUCAAACCCUCCCUUUGACAUGGCAAGACCACUUGAUCUCAGGAGAAUAGUUGGAAUUUCAUCUGAUGGAAACUUGAACACGCUCGGAUCAGAUUCUAAUCACAGUUCAUCCAGAGGGAUCUAUGGAACAGGCAGUUCAUCUUCAAGAUCCAGUGCAGGGAAUCAUAAACAAUGCAAUGCAACAACACACCUUCACAGCAAUAGAAGUGCACCUGAUGUGGAAAACAUCAAAUCCAAAAACAGUUCAAGCACACCCAAUAGGACUUCAGCACAAGCAGCGUCCGUGCAGUCAGUGAGCAGAGCGGGCCCCUUUCCCCUGGAUUCGGGUGCCGCAGCUCCGGCUCACGCCGCAGGCCGAAGAGCCAAGGGGACGAGGCAGAACCAGCAGCCGGCGCAGCAGCAG